CAUUUUCCCCCCCUGGCAGCUCUGCGCCGGAGAGCGGCUGCUGCUGCUGCUUGGGGGGGGGGUGUGUGUGGGGGAAGAGAUAUUAGCCCCUCUUUUCGCCCCUCUCUUUUCUUUCCUCGGUUCACGCAGUGCCUAGAGGGGAAGGGACGAGGUUCAGUUCCUGCCCCUUGCUUUCCAGUUUCGGACAGCAGCACACGGGGGGGGGGGGGGGGGGGGGGACGGGGCACCACCAAGCCAGGCUGCUCCUACCUUCCUUCCUUCCCCCCCCGCACACCUCAGCCUCCUCCUCCUUCAUCCAACCAUCCAUCCAUCCAUCCAUCCCCGGGGUGAGCCUUUGAAUGAGCAGCACGGUGGCUAGCCCGAUGUCAACGGUCGCCUCUUCAAGCACUGGAAGAGGGACAGGAAAAUCGACAAGCUUUACGCCUGAAUUGCAAAGUAUGAUGUUUUCCUUAGGAGAUGCUCGCAGGCCGCUCCACGAGUCUGCAAUAUUGGUGGAAGAUAUCGUCCACACUCAGCUGAUAAAUCUGUUACAGCAAGCAGCCGAAGUUUCUCAGCUGAGAGGAGCUCGAGUCAUCUCUGCUGAAGAUCUCCUCUUCCUAAUGCGCAAAGAUAAGAAAAAGCUUAGAAGGCUACUGAAGUACAUGUUUUUUCGAGACUACAAAUCUAAACUUGUCAAAGGCAUAGAAGAAGAUGACAUCAUUGAAGACAAAUUCAACAGCAACAACACAAACAAACGGCAGAAGCUUGCUCAAGACUUUCUCAACUCCAUUGACCAGACAGGAGAGCUCUUAGCCAUGUUUGAAGAUGAUGAGAUUGAUGAUGUUAAGCAAGAGCGGAUGGAGAGAGCAGAAAGACAAACACGAAUGAUGGACUCAGUCCAGUAUGCAGAAUUUUGUGAAAGUCGGCAAUUGAGUUUUUCAAAGAAAGCAUCCAAGUUUCGUGACUGGUUGGAUUGUAGCAGUAUGGAAAUAAAGCCAAAUGCAGUUGCAAUGGAGAUUUUGGCAUAUUUAGCAUAUGAGACUGUGGCACAGUUGGUGGACAUGGCCCUUCUGGUUAAACAGGACAUGGCUCCUAAGGCUGGUGACCCAUUCAGUCAUGCCAUAUCUGCCACCUUCAUACAAUAUCACAACUCAGCUGAGCCACAUCUCUUAGGGCAGGCUACAAGUGUGAAGACCAGUCUUGACUCUCCUGAAAAUACACCACCCCCUACGCCUACCCCCCCAGCUCCAGCAGGACAGCAACAUCUUGGGAAAACACCAUCAGGAGCCCUGGGGAAUGGAGGAAUAGGACAGGACUCUGCCAAAUCCAAACAAAGGAAAAGAAAAAAGAGCACUGCAGCCUGUGGUAUAGAGGCUCAAAGCGAUGCCAUCCAGCCCAGCCACAUCAGAGAGGCCAUUCGACGCUAUGGCCACAAGAUUGGCCCCCUUUCCCCAUUCACAAGUGCCUACCGCAGAAAUGGGAUGACUUUUCUCGCCUGCUAAUAUGGAUGUGGCUGCAGCAACAGGAAAGACAGUGUUAUAUUAAGGUGAUUUUCUUUUCCCCUCCAUGGAAGGAAAAAAAUACAAGCUCCAAUGUAUCCGUGUACCAGUGAGUGGGCUGGUUUGUUGUGACUAUCUGCUGGCCGACUCUGUCUCUUUUUCCAGCCCCCUCAAUCGUUAUUCUUGUUUACUAGCUGGAACAUUUAGCUAAUUAAUGGCAGGAUGUUUGGGAUAGCGUGUAGGUGGACAAGAAUACGGAUCACACAAGUUUGAAGUUUGCAGGGGACUUGCUGCUGUCAGCCCCUUUCAAAAAUGCGCUGACAUUUUUAUUUAAUUGUUUGGAAGUCUGUGUUUUAGUAGAGAUGUUGUUUUGUGAAGCAGGAUGGGGCAGAAGGAGGCCAAAGAUGUUCUAGGUUAUGUAGGUUUUCCUCGUCAUUUUUACAAAAAGAAAAAAAUGUACUGUUUUUCUCUGAUUUCCCUCGAGUUGUUUUUAGAUAGCAUUCAGACAGUAUAACCCAGUUUAAUCCAGUAAGGGGAUUUUUAAUAAGAGUGAUACCAAACUCAAGUCCAUAUGUUUUCAGAGAAAAGUUCAUGUGGCUUACACUUUUUUGGUUAAAGACUUACUUUUUUACAUACCCCAACACAGUGAAGUUGUCAGCCCCAAAUCCUCAAUAUUGCCAUCUCUCUCCCUAUUGCAUUCCUCCCCGAAGGUCCAAGCUGUUGCUCUCUGAAGUCAAGAGAAGUCUCUGCAGCAAUUUGGCACAGAAUCUGGCCCCUAUUCAGAAAACGUAUCCUUGAGUAUACAGGAUACAGUCUGAGCAGCCAUGUCCCUCUCAGUGAUCCUGGAAAAAGGCUUAAUGUUACGUGCUGCCCAGGCGCUGGCUGCAGGAGGCAGAUGUUGUCUCUGUUGCUGACAAAGGCAGCGUUAAUGUUGUAUUCAGCUAAAGACAAAAUGGGCUUUUGCUGCCUUUUUAUAGUUUAGUUCACUUUGUUUGUUUUCAGAUUUGUUUUUUAAAUCUCAGGCCCUCCUUCGAUGGUUCUUUCCGUCCCCUGCUCCUCCAGCCUGUGCUGUCCUCACAAACGUAUUCAUUUCUUCCCAUAAAAUCUGUACAAAUAUAGAGCUAACCACGAUGAUGCUGAACCAGAGAAAAGGGCUUAUGCUUCAGCCCAUCACCAGGGUCUGCAGGCAUGUACUGCCUGUGUCCCUGGGGCAGCCCAUGGGUCUGCUUUAGCCACUCAUAGCGCAGGCUUGAAAUCUAACUUAAACCUCAAAUUAAGACAGAGCACUCAAGGGAUCAAGAGGAGAUCAGCAAAAUAUUACUUUUAUGUAGUGCAGCCGUCCUCCUCCUUUGUGCUGAGUAUGUGAGGUCUUAACUUUUACUCCCACUGCAUGGUAUUGUGGUCAUUUGUAAGUGGUUUUCUUGCCCUGCUUUCCUGGACCUGCUUGCGAAAGCUUUAGAAGUAUCUAUAUUUUAAAUAAACAGAAAAAUGUGUCUUCUCUUUGCAACCAAAAUAUCCUAAAUGUGAACUUUGUACAUCAAAUGUUACUGCCAUUUGUGAAUUGCUUUUUUUCUUUUACCUGCUCACACUUCUGUUUUCUGGAAUUAAUCUGUGUGCAAAGGACUAAAAGUAAUGUGUACACUGCCAUAUAUUAAAUGGGGGGGGAGCUUUCUGAUGUUCCAUCUGUGCUUGUUGAAAUAUAUGAUUAAACUUUUCUUUUUAUCAUCA